AUGCGAAGACCGCCAUACCUGCUCUUCCUUCUCCUUACCUUUCUCUCCUCCCUCUCCCUGUCCCUUGCAGCCUCGCGUACGUCAUUCUGCAAAUGCACCUGCUUCGGCAACAGUACCAUCGUAGCCCUCGACGCUCCCAGCACGAAGAAGCCCGCCGCCCUCGAAUUAAAACCCCGCGCCUCCAAGAAGACAUGUAACGACUGCAACCGCCAAUUCUGCCUAGGUUAUGGCUUCUGCGCAGGAGAAAAAGAGGAGAACGUGCUUACAACAUGCUUCCAGAGGGACUCUGCGAAAGACCAGGCAGUCGUGUUUGUCUUCAUUGGCGCGACGGUGGGGCUCUUGGGAUGGGCGGCAUUGCGGCCUUAUGUUGAGGGAUGGAGAGAGCGUGCACGGGAGCGUCGAAGCUACAUCCCAGUGGCUGGUCAAGGGAACUAG